CACUCAGCGCCCCUCCUCCUCCUUCCUCUUCCCCCUCGGGCCCGGACCUCCUCCCUCCUGCUCCUCCUCUCGUUCUCCUCGGACAUGUCCAGUUACCCGGGCCGCCUCUGGCGAACUCUGGGCUGGCGUCGGCCCGCCAGUGUGGCCGCCUGGCCCCUUCAUCGACCCCCAUUGCCGGAGCUGCAGCGGCCGUGCAGCCACUGGGCUCGGCCUGGCUGGGCCUGGGCCUGCCGCCGGAGCCUGGGCCUGGGUGUAGGGGUAGGUCUCGGCAUCGCUUUAACUCUGGGCCUCAGCGGAGGCGACUGGAUCCCACAGUCGGAAUGCCAGUCGCAAGCGGAAGUGCGGCAGCGCACACCGGCGGCCGGGACCCUGGAAACGGCCCGGAAGGCGGGGCGGGACCUGCUGCAGAGGAUCAAGGAUGAAGUGGGAGCCCCUGGGAUAGUAGUUGGUGUUGCUGUGGAUGGAAAGGAAGUUUGGUCUGAAGGACUGGGGUACGCAGAUGUGGAAAACCGAGUGUUGUGUAAACCAGAUACAGUGAUGCGAAUCGCCAGUAUCAGCAAACCCCUGACCAUGACUGCCAUUGCCAAGCUGUGGGAGAAUGGAAAGUUGGAUUUUGAUGCUCCUGUGCAGAAAUAUGUGCCAGAAUUUCCAGAAAAGGAGUAUGAAGGAGAGAAAGUGAUGAUAACUACAAGGCUGUUAGUGUCCCAUCUGAGUGGCAUACGGCACUAUGAGAAGGAUGUUCAGAAGAUACGGGAACAGAAGGAAAAAGAGAAGAGACAGAGGCUUGUUGAAGAGACUGCGGAGCCCAAAACCCGCCAGAACAAGAAAGAGUUUGAACACAAAGAAUACUACAUCAAAGAAAAGUUUGAGAAUAUUUCAAAAUCACUAAAACUCUUCGAGAAUGACCCCUUGGUUUUCAAACCUGGGAGUCAGUUCUUGUAUUCUACACAUGCCUGGACCCUUCUUAGUGCUGUAGUGGAGAGGGCUUCCCAACAAAACUUUCUGCAGUUGAUGGUUAAACUGUUCCGGGAUCUUGAUAUGCUCAGAACGGUGCCAGAUGAAAAUGAGCCAAUCAUAUACAACCGAGCAAGGUACUAUGUUUACAAUGAGAAGGGGCGCCUGGUUAACUCUCCAUAUGUGGAUUGUUCAUACAAAUGGGCUGGAGGUGGUUUCCUCUCCACUGUACAAGACCUGCUGAAGUUUGGCAACGUGAUGCUGUACAGCUACCAGGCUGGGCAGCUGCGGGAUGAGCACCAGGCACUGCUCCCAGGCUACCUUAGGCCAGCCACCAUGAGGAUGAUCUGGAGCCCAGUGGAGAAAACUGAACUGAACUGGGACAGGGAUGGCAGCUAUGCCAUGGGCUGGGGCGUGGUGGAGCAAGGGCAAGAGUGGGGGCAGUGCCGGCAGCGAAGGCGCUACCUCUCACACACAGGUGGGUCAGUGGGAGCCAGCAGUGUCCUGGUGAUCCUCCCCAGGGACCCUCCAAUCCCUUCUGCUGGCCCAUCAGAGGCAGGAGCCCCACCGCAAGGGGUAGUGAUCGCCAUCCUCUGCAACCUGCAGUCUGUCAGCCUCAAUGCCACUGCUCUGAAAAUUGCAUUAGAGUUUGACAAGGUCAGGAGUCUUGAAUUCUCCAUUCCAACCCCUGACGCUGACAGCCCAAUGCUAGCAGGUGAACUAAACACUCAAAGAGCUAAAUUUCAGGGAUGAUGAGCAUUUGGGGCUUGACAACAAGAUGUGCCUGUGCUGAGGGCCUUCAUUGAUGAGGAAGCUUGCCUACUCUGGUUGGGGACAUGUCUCUUUGCUCCCUCCAAAUUGCCUUUAACUCCACAUCAUAAAUAUUAGAACUCAAUCUACGGAGUUCAAAUCAUGGAUUUAUUUUAGAAAAAUGGGUCCCAUUGACAGUAGUGACUGGGGCUUAAUCUUGGAAUAAGUCAAUACUGAUGAGCUGGUGACCCUACAGUUCCGCAGUUCUCGUGUGUAGAUUGUGCAUGUUCGGACAUUUAUACAUUUUGUUCAAUCAAUUCCAGUUGAAUGAUUUUACAAAGCAAUAUUUUUAAACUUUCCUGAAAGAAAUCCAAAAAAUAGUUCACUAUUUCUUUGCAAUAAUAUUGGAAAAUUAUUACGAGCUAUAUUUUAAGGAAUUGAGCAACAAGCUCACUGACCGAGCAACUGAUUGAAAGCUGCAAACGCUGAUUAUUAAUGGCCAAAUUCUGCUUUUAAUGUCCAGAAGGCUAGUGUUGGGGAAUCCCACAUUGAGAUUUUGUUUAUGAAAACCACAAGAGUUCUCUUCAUAAUCAUUAAAGUGUUUAAUACUUUGACAUUGUCUAAUGGAAAAUAUGGUGUGACUUAAUUCAAAGCAGAAGCGGGUAGUUCCACCAUUUAAUCAGGUAGUGGCGAAUCUUUCACUUACAUAAUCCUGCAAUAAUGCCAUUUUCUUUGAUUUUGUUGAAAUAUCAAAAGAUAUUUUGAUCAAAAGAUAUUUUGUCUAAAUAUCUUUUGAUCUGCCUUGAACAAACUUAGUGACUGAGCCUCCACAUCUCUUGUGUUCAUAAUUCCAAAGAUACACCACCCACUAAAUGCAGAAAUUUCUUCUCAUUUCUGUCCUGAAUUGUCAACCCCUUAUUUUGAGAUAUUUGUAUUUAUUUUGAGACCAAGGAAAACAGAACAAAGACUAAUGAUAAAAUAUAACACAAUAGGUGCUGGAAACUGAAUUAAAAGCAAAUAAAAAUUGUUUGAAAUAUUGUAUCACAUAUUGCAGGAUCCCAAUAAGAGUGUAAAGGCUUAAGAAAUUGUGACUACAUAUAACUAAUGAAAAAAUACCAUGCAAGUAAGCCCCUGACUCAGGACUAGGUGGUAAUUACAGUGUCCGGAACUUGAUUGCAAGCCAAUUAUACUAAACAAUAAGGGUGAUGGUUGUAUUAAACAGUAAAUGGGAGGUUCGUCCUAAACAAUGAGUGUGAUACCUCUCUUUGAAUCUCUUGAUUGUAAAUCAAUUAUACUGAACAAUAAGUGCGAGGUCUGUCUUUGACUCCCAGGAGCCUGGUGGAAGCCCUCGGAGCCGCAAUCAUUAAGUGUGCAUGACAACGUCUGUAUAAAUUACUGUCUGUUCCUUUGUAUUGCGGAGACCUCGGAUAAUGACUCUCGACGAGUGUUGACGAGACUUCUCCCUGGUGGUAUACUGCUAAUAAAUGCGUUUUUACUGA